UCUUAUUGUUUGACCCAUUACAGCACCUACCGAUUCCUUCACAAUCUUCACAACAAGUUCCAUUUUUUACUUCUGAAAGUAAAGGGUGUUACAUAGGUACCAUCAUGACACAGCUACCAUCAUUAUCACGUUCUUCUUCUUCUUCUUCCACUUGUGAAGGGACCCAUGAUGUGUUCCUCAGUUUCAGAGGCGAUGACACUCGAAGUGGCUUCACUGGCAACCUAUACAAGUCUCUUUGUGACAGGGGAAUUCACACCUUCAUAGAUGAUGAGGGACUUAGAAAAGGGGAAGAGAUUAGACCUGCUCUUUUCAAGGCUAUUGAGCAGUCUAGAAUUGCCAUUGUUGUUUUCUCUGAAAAUUAUGCUGACUCAACUUACUGUCUUGAAGAACUUGUCGUGAUCCUUGAGUGCAUAAUGAGAAAGGGGCGAUUGGUUUGGCCAGUGUUUUACGGGGUUACUCCAUCUUCUGUGCGGUUUCAGAAGGGUUCUUAUGGGAAAGCAUUGGCCAAGCAUGGAGAAAGAUUCAAGAAUGACCAGGAGAAGCUGCAAAAAUGGAAGCUAGCUCUUCAAGUAGCUGCUGGUUUGUCCGGUUCGCAUUUCAAGCUCAAACAAGGGUAUGAACAUGAACUUAUUCGGACAAUUGUUGAAGAGGUUUCCAAAAAGAUAAAUCGUAGCCCUUUACACGUGGCUAAUUAUCCAAUUGGAUUGGAGUCUAGAGUGCAAGAACUGAAGUUACUUUUGGAUGUUGGAUCUAAUUGGGGAGUAAGCAUGGUUGGGAUUUUUGGAAUCGGGGGAAUAGGUAAGACUGCAAUUGCAUGUGCAGUGUACAAUGCCAUUGCUGAUAAAUUUGAUGUUCAGUGUUUCCUUGGUGAUAUUAGACAAAAAUCAAUGAAGUAUGACUUAGUACAACUUCAGGAGACAGUACUUUCUGAAAUGGUUGGCGAGAAAAGUAUCAAGUUGGGGAGUAUUAAUAGGGGAAUGGCAGUUAUGAAAAGCAAGCUUCAAAGAAAGAAAGUUCUUUUGAUUCUUGAUGAUGUUGAUAAAUUGGAGCAAUUAAAGGCACUUGCUGGUGAUCCUUCCUGGUUUGGUGAUGGCAGCAAAAUCAUUGUCACGACAAGGAACAGACGUUUUUUACGAGUACAUGGUGUUGAAAGAACAUACGAAGCCAAAGGGUUGGAUGAUAAAGAAGCUCUUGAGUUGUUUAGUUGGCAUGCUUUUAAAAGCAAUGAAGUUGGUCCAGGUUACUUGGAUAUCUCUAAGCGUGCAGUAUUUCAUUGCAAUGGCCUUCCAUUGGCUUUAGAAAUAAUAGGUUCUAACUUGAAUGGUAUAACAAUGUCUGAAUGGGAAGCCGCAUUAGAUACCAUUGAAAGAAUUCCAGAUGAAGAUAUUCAAGAAAAACUAAAAGUAAGCUACGAUGGUUUGAAGGGAAAUGAAAAGGAAGUUUUCCUUGACAUGGCUUGUUUCUUUAGAGGCUACCAUUUGAAAGAUGUCAUAAAUUUAUUGCUCCAAAGUCGUGGUUUCUCACCCGAGUAUGUUAUUCGCAUGUUGGUAGAUAAAUCUCUCAUAAAAAUCGAUCAAUAUGGUUUUGUGCAAAUGCAUAACUUGGUAGAGGACAUGGGCAGAGAAAUAGUAAGGCAAGAAUCACCAUCAGAGCCUGGAAAACGCAGUAGAUUAUGGCUUUAUGAGGAUAUUGUUGAUGUUUUAGAAAAUGACAAGGGAAGUGAUACAAUUGAAGUAGUCAUGCUACACUUGCCAAAGAAUAGGGAAGUUCUAUGGAAUGGAAGUGAGCUCAAGAAGAUGACAAACUUAAAAAUGCUAACUAUUGAAAAUGCUGACUUUUCUAGAGGCCCUGAAUAUCUCCCAAGUAGUUUGAGAGUACUAAAGUGGCGGGGAUAUCCUACACAGUCUCUGCCACCUGAAUAUGAUCCAAGGAGACUUGUUAUGUUAGACUUGUCUAUGAGUCGCAAUAUAUUGGGCAAACAACUCAACCUCAUGAAGUUCGAGUCUUUGAGUGAAAUGGUUUUAAGAGGUUGCAGAUUCAUAAAACAGGCACCUGACAUGUCUGGAGCCAAAAAUUUAAGAAAGCUUUGUCUUGAUAACUGCAAGAAUUUAGUAGAAGUUCAUAAUUCCAUCGGACUUCUUGACAAACUAACAUGGUUCACCGCUAUUGGAUGCACCAGUCUAAGGACUCUUCCCCAUAGCUUCAAGUUAACAUCACUUGAAUAUCUGUCUCUCAGAAAAUGUUCAAGCCUCCAGCGUUUGCCAAACAUAUCAGAAGAAAUGAAACAUAUGAAAAAUCUUGACCUUUGUGGAACUGCUAUUGAACAAUUGCCAUAUUCGUUUAGGAAACUCACUGGGCUUAAAUAUUUAGUACUAGACAAGUGCAAGAGGCUUAAUCAGAUCCCAAUAAAUAUUUUGAUGUUACCAAAACUUGAGAGAUUGACAGCUGUAAAAUGUGGAAGAUAUGUAAAUUUGAUCCUUGGUAAAAGUGAAGAACAAGUAAGAUUGGCUUCAUCUGAGUCUUUGAGAGAUUUUAGGUUAAACUACAAUGAUUUGACACCCACCAGCUUCCCCAAUGUAGAGUUCUUAGUUCUAACUGGCUGUGCUUUCAAAGUUCUUCCUGAAUGCAUCGGCCAAUGUCGCUUUCUAAAGAAUCUAGUUUUGGACAACUGCAAGGAGCUUCAAGAAAUCAGAGUGGUUCCUCCUAAGAUAAAAUAUCUGUCGGCAAUAAACUGCACAUUAUUGUCUCAUGAGUCUCAAAACAUGUUGUUGAAUCAGAAAUUACAUGAGGGUGGGGGAACAGAUUUUUCCCUUCCGGGAACAAGGUUACCAGAAUGGUUUGAUCAUUGUACUAGGGGACCAUCCCUGUCUUUCUGGUUUCGUAACAAAUUUCCAAGGAUGACUCUAGCUGUUGUUGGAGUUUUAGACAAGCAAGGCAGUUUUCCCAUGUCAAGAUUCCACUUUCUCAGCAAUGGCAUUCAAAAGCUGCAUUGCCAUUUCACUGUGCAAUCAAAAUUAAUCACAUAUCAUAUAUUCUUGUCCGAUGUGCUGCUAAAGUCCUACAAUGGUGGAUUGGAAAGUGUGUAUGGGGAGGAUGGGUGGAACCAUGUUGAGGUUUCAUACGUGGGACCAAGAGUCUUUUCACAUUCAUGCAGAACCAAGAAAGGAACCAUUAAAUGGAUGGGGGUUCAUGUUCACAAGCAAAAAACAAACAUGCAAGAUAUUCGGUUCAUAAAUCCUUGGUUUCCGAAAAGAGCACAUAGUGAAGUUUCCAAGGCUGAUCUGCAAGAAAGUUUUCAGCCUUUGCCCAAAAGAAUCCGUGUAUCACAUCGCAAGGAAAUUUGUGAGGCACCACAGAUGAAGCAGCAUGAAGCUAACAGCAGUUAUCACGGUGUAUCACAGAGGCUAUGGUUGGCAAUUUGUAGCAUUGCAGCUCCUCUGAAUGUUAAAGUACUGAUGUGGAAUAUUUGUCAGGAUGAUUUGCCAACUUUUGAAUACCUUUUCAGGAGAAAGCUUGUACUUAGUCCGCUCUGCCCCAUAUGUGGAACGGAGCCUGAAACUGUUGAACAUGUGUUCCUGUUUUGUCCAUGGACACGACCCCUUUGGUUUGGAAGUGAUUUCCAGUGGUGCGUUGAUGUUAAAGAAGUUCAAAGCUUUCAACUUUGGCUUUGGCAUAAACUGAUGGAGAUUCAAAGGGUAUAUCCAGAAAAUGCCAACCAAAUAUCGGCUCAGGUAGGAAGCAUUUGUUGGUCUAUCUGGAAAGGAAGGAAUGAAUUUGUUCUUGAAGGCAAACCUGUCAAUCCUUUGAUUUUAAGGUAGCGCCCUAUGUGUAAAUGAUGAGAAUAAUUUUCACAUUUUAAAGGAGAUUUGCAUGUAUUAUGUGUUAAACUCAGAGAAGAUAUUGAGCCAAAAACUGUGUUUCCUCAUGCUGGAGAAUUUUCAUAUAAAU